GUGGUGAAACAUGGAGACUUCCGAAGCGGUUUCCUAGUGUUUGCAUAGUAGCAUUGAGCUGGUUUACUCCCCCGUAAUAUUGAAAUUUAAAAAUGAAUGGUUUUAUAAACAGAAGGGGGUUUAUUGAACUAGGCUUUCGCAACCAAAGCAAAAUGUAGUGUCGUCUUUGUUUUCUUUAAGAUAUAUUUUUAUUCUUCUCCAGAUAAAAAGAUUCCUAUUCCUUCCUGUUAGUUGUCUUUUGAAUAGUUAUUUUUUUUCAAAUGCGUAGUGUGCUUUGCUGAAAUCAAAUGAAGUCUAAUGUCACCCAGUUUUUCAAGACUUGCGUUUAAAGGAGGGUGAUAAUUUUAACGAAUAAUCCCGUCUUGUUUUUGUCUGCUGGAAGAUGCCAGAAAUAAAAGUCACGCCGCUAGGUGCUGGACAAGAUGUGGGACGCAGCUGCAUCUUGGUAUCCAUUGGGGGUAAAAAUGUGAUGCUGGAUUGUGGAAUGCAUAUGGGAUUUAACGAUGAUCGUCGCUUCCCAGAUUUCUCAUAUAUUACUCAAAAUGGAAGACUAACAGAAUUUCUGGACUGUGUCAUUGUCAGUCAUUUUCAUCUGGACCAUUGUGGUGCUUUACCCUAUAUGAGUGAGAUGGUGGGAUAUGAUGGUCCAAUCUACAUGACGCAUCCCACAAAGGCAAUCUGUCCUAUCCUUUUGGAAGAUUUCAGGAAGAUAACAGUUGAUAAGAAAGGAGAAACCAACUUCUUUACAUCUCAAAUGAUAAAAGACUGCAUGAAAAAAGUUAUUGCAGUGAACCUACACCAGACUGUUCAGGUUGACGAUGAGCUGGAAAUUAAAGCCUACUAUGCAGGCCAUGUCCUGGGUGCUGCUAUGUUCCAGAUCAAAGUUGGAGCUGAAUCUGUGGUGUACACUGGUGAUUACAACAUGACCCCAGACAGACAUUUAGGAGCAGCAUGGAUUGAUAAAUGUCGUCCUGAUAUUGUGAUUUCAGAGUCAACUUAUGCUACUACAAUCCGAGACUCCAAACGUUGCAGAGAAAGGGACUUCUUAAAAAAAGUUCAUGAAACAGUAGAGCGAGGAGGAAAAGUUCUGAUCCCUGUUUUUGCCCUUGGAAGAGCCCAGGAACUUUGUAUAUUGUUAGAAACUUUUUGGGAACGGAUGAAUCUGAAGGCACCAAUUUAUUUUUCCACUGGACUAACUGAAAAAGCAAAUCAUUACUAUAAGCUUUUUAUCACCUGGACAAAUCAGAAAAUUCGUAAAACAUUUGUUCAGAGAAACAUGUUUGAGUUUAAGCAUAUUAAGCCAUUUGACAGAUCAUAUACAGAUAAUCCUGGACCUAUGGUAGUAUUUGCUACUCCUGGCAUGCUGCAUGCUGGGCAAUCUCUCCAGAUCUUCAAGAAAUGGGCUGGCAAUGAUAAAAAUAUGGUCAUUUUGCCAGGCUACUGUGUACAGGGUACUGUUGGAUAUAAAAUAUUAAAUGGCCAGAAAAAACUUGAGAUGGAAGGAAGGAACACACUGGAGGUAAAGAUGCAGGUGGAGUACAUGUCAUUCAGUGCUCAUGCGGAUGCCAAAGGGAUAAUGCAGCUCGUUCGUAUGGCUGAGCCACGAAAUGUUCUUUUGGUCCAUGGAGAAGCUAAGAAAAUGGAGUUUCUAAAACAGAAAAUUGAACAAGAAUUCAGUGUUAACUGUUACAUGCCGGCCAAUGGAGAAACAACAACGAUAACUACCAACCCAAACAUCCCUGUUGAUAUUUCAUUGAGUUUGCUGAAAAGGGAUUCCGUGCCUGGUGCCUUACCAGACCCGAAGAAGCCCAGAAUAAUGCAUGGUACCUUGAUAAUGAAAGACAACAGUCUCCGUCUAGUCUCCUCUGAGCAGGCACUCAAAGAGUUGGGUCUGGUUGAACAUCACCUGAGGUUUACUUGCAGAGUUCACAUUCAAGACCCUCAUUCAGAACAAGACACACUGAAUAAAAUCUACAGCCAUCUGAAAACAGUACUGAAAGAUUCCUCUAUCCAGCACCUUCCUGACGGCACUUUGAUGGUGGAAUCCAUUCUCAUUAAAGUUUCCACAGCUUCCGAAGACCCAUCUACAAAAAUCUUGUUGGUUUCUUGGACUUAUCAGGACGAAGAGCUUGGGAGUUAUCUCUCUACAUUACUGAGAAAAGGACUGCCUUCCAGUUAAAAGUUCAGAUCACUUUGACAGUAAACCCUUCCUGCAUUAAUCUCAUCAAAAGCUUAAGAUUAUAUUUUUAAAUUUUUUCAUAAUAAAGUAAACUGUCUGAAAAAAAAA